UCGAUGGUGUGUAUGAUCAGCAUUUUUCGUAUUUCCGAAUAUUUGGACAACGUAGUUACAAUCUUGCGUCAUUUCAGAAUAAAAAAGUUGUCCCUGGAAAUUUUAUUAGCGGCAAAAAUCGAAAUUCACUGUUACAACAAAUACUUCAUUACAAUUAGAAUAGCGUGCUGGUGCAUAAUAUAUAUAUGCCUAAUAUGAUGUGCAAAAACUUAUUAAAUUUCAUAUUAUGAUGAAAACCUACUUGAGAAACUGAUUUUUCUGGCACGAUUCUGCAAGAAAAAACAAAACAAAUGAAAAUUACACACAGUUAAAACUGUACAUUCCAUGUUAAUUGUAAUAUGUGAGUGUAGUGUUUCAUAAAUGUGUGUGAACUAUGAUUGAAUUGCAUUGGAUAGACAUCAAUACAAAGAAAUGUGUUGCAUACUCAGGAAAGAAUUGCUCUUGCAAUAGUGGACGAUCACAGUUAACCAACCGACAGCAAAUAUGAGAACUGAAGUGUCUUGGAAACGGCGAUUCCUAAGAACAAGGUUGAAGUACAUGGUGGUGUGCGUCUUCGUGGUCGCCGUGAUAUUCGUGAUGCAUCAACUGUUUUACUUCAAGGAACUGAAUCGCACCACUGUGGGCAAGUUAAUUGUCGGUUCGAUCAAAGACUCUAAUCGCGUGAUCGUUGGCAACAAAGAUAUUUCCAAAUGGCAACAGCCACAGCACUCCAAGCUUAUACGCGACAAGAAUGGUCGUACCGUAUCGUUGCGCGGUUCACGAGAUCAGGACGUCAGCAAAUAUCUUCCUGAAGCUAAUGGCAAAUUUAUAUGUUUUGCUGAGAAGAUGGAAAUUGAUUUCAUGAAAAUCAAUGAUGACUAUUGCGAUUGUCCGGUGGAUGGUAGUGAUGAGCCAGGUACCAAUGCAUGCAACAAUGGUUUCUUCUAUUGUGAGAAGAGUUCGAAACAAUCAACAGUGAAGAUACCAUCGUACAAAGUCAAUGAUGGAUUUUGUGAUUGUUGUGAUGGUUCUGAUGAAUGGGCUGAAGUACCAGUAUCACAUAAACUCAGUGAGUCAGAUAUAACUUUACGUGGAAUGAAAUGCCCAAUAAGAUGUUAGCAAGAAAAAUUCACUAUGGACUUAUAUAGGAUCAACACAAGCAAAUAUAAGUAACAACAUGUUAUCAAUUUAAUUAGCAAAAUAAUAUCUCAAUUGUUUCUUAUAAGAAAACAAUACUUAUAUAAUGUAUA